UAUUAAAAGAGUGUUCAGCGAGUCAACAAUUUCUAAUUUUCCUCAGAACAGAUAUACUCUGAAUCAGUUUGAUGGCAGAGGUAAAUAUUGAUCAAAACACUCUGGAUGGAUGUAACACUGAUUAAACCUGAAAACUAGUUUGACCAUAAACAAGCUAAUCUGUGUUUCCAUUGUAAUGUAUGUUAUAUUUGAGAUUACUUCUGUCUGUUAUAUAUUAUAUGUAUUAUUGGUCAUCUGCAGUUUACAACAGUUGGGAUGAUGGCCUUACAUGAUCUGGCUCUUACUGUGAGCCAGAGAGUUGAGUUUACACACACAAACCUAAUCCUAAUAUUUCUGACAUGAUAAAUAUUCUUAUUCUUAUGGGUAAAUAUCAUAUUCAUGGUGGAAAAUUGAGAAAUAAUAAUCCCUCCUUUACUUGAAUUAUGAAUGAAUCUAAAAAUGUUUUUUGUGUCCCUUAAAAACUUUCACACUUACUAGAUAGCAAGGAAAAUUUGUAAUCAUAUUUUUCAUCCCUUGCUGGUUUGAUUUAUGCCUCUUAAGUCUGUGCUCCAUUGUUGAUUUGUUUUUCUAUGCCAAAAGUAUACGAUGACUGUAUAUAUACAUCACCAUAUAUCUAACUGCAUAAUAAUCCAUAGCUAUUGUUUCUGCUUGUAGAGUGGUUGUGUAUGUGUUCUCAACGGGUUGUAUGUAUGUUCACAUGUAUGCAUCAAAGGUCUGUUUCCUGCUGUGAGUCAGCGCCAUAGAUUAAGACCCCGCCCAAAACACUGCGUCAUCAGCGCUCGACGUUGACGUCAUCACCGUGCGUCCGCUCUGGCUUCAAACAGCCUCCCGGUCCACACCGUUAUGUUUACCGUCUAAUUCGGUGAACCGAGAACCCGUGACGCCUUCGUGUCGUCCACAGCAGGCCGUUGAAUCCUGAUUGGGUUUGCACCGUGAACAGACUUCACAGUUCACUACGCGCUCGUUGCUUUUCCAACAUGGAGUCUGCGGAGGCCAGCGAGGAGAAGACGGGCUCUCUGUCGUCGGCGCAGCGGAGAGCGGAGAUCCGGAGGAGAAAACUGCUCAUGAACUCCGAGGACAGGAUGAACAGGAUCGUGGGUUUCGCCAAAAACGAGUCUGAGAACGACGUAGGAGCAUCUCUGCGUCCUACAGAGCAUGGCUUCCACCUUGAUCUCGAGAGGACAGAGCCGUGGUCAUCGUCCUCAUCUUCGCAGAGACCGUCUCCUUUCCUGCCAGAGGCUUCGGCGCUUGGCAGCCGCUCCCACAGCGCCACCCCAGAAAGAAGGGGCUCUCCCCUGCCAGACUACAGUGAGCCGCCUGGGGGCUCUCUGGAAGAUGACCUUGGAGGGCUCCGGCAGAGACCCCGGGGGGAGCGGGCAUCAGAUGACGUCAGCGGGUCCCCGCGCCGAGGCCUCCAGAAGUACCUGUCUCGUUUUGAUGAUGCCAUGAAACUGCGGGGUCAGCUGGCCAAUGAGAAGCCGCCCCAGGAUGGAGGGUCUGAGCCAGAGGAGUUUGAUCCCUUCAGGAUCUUCCGGCUCAUUGGAAGCAUCCUCCUCGCUAUUUUUGUCAGGGCUUUCGUCUGCAAGUAUCUGUCUAUAUUUGCUCCAUUUCUGACACUUGAACUGGCCUACAUGGGGUUGUCCAAAUACUUUCCAAAGGUAGAGAAGAAAACCCAGACCACUGUGCUCACCGCUGCCCUGCUGCUGUCCGGCAUCCCUGCUGAGGUAAUCAACCGCUCCAUGGACACCUACAGGAGAAUGGGCGAUGUCUUCGCCGACCUCUGUGUCUACUUCUUCACCUUCAUCCUCUCGAACGAGAUCCUGCUCCUCAUUGGCUUAGAGACUCCCUGAUGGACCAGGAGGACCUCAGUAACCCAACCCUCCUCCUUCUUGUCGACCCCUCCCUCUGUCUCCCAUGGCAAUUUAGCAUGCUCAUUUACAGCCUCUGACAUGGGUUUGCUGUUAACAGUCUGGAAAAAGAAUCCCUGCUGUCUUAUAAUCAGGGUUGUACGUCAGCUGCAGGAGCGCUCCUCACUUCAGCACUUCAGUAUUCAACUAAGGCUUACCGACAUGUAACCAGAGAGUCCAGUGUUUUAUACUGAUGUCCAAGUUAUUUUUGCUCGGGGACAGAGGCUAAGAAACAGAAGGACAGUUUGUUAGUGUGUUUGUGUGUGAAGAAUGUGCAGGCAUUUACAAUGAUGUGUGAUAACUUAUUUUCAGAAAAUGGAAAAUGUCGUACUGACAGGUGGACAACAAUACAAGUCAUCAUGAGUCUGACAUUGCAAAGGAUAUCAAGAUGUAAUUGAUUUGAAAUUCUGAUAUUGAUUCACAGUCCUGAUAUACAUCAUCAAAAAAAAUCUUCAUACGUAGAAAACAAAUUCUAUAGAGUACCUUAACACCAGACUGAAAGGCUGAGUUUCGCUGCUCCCUCUGGCAGGAUUUGACAGAAUUUGUAAAAAAAAAAAAAAGAAGAAAAAAAAAAGGUACAUAUUGCCUUGAUGCGAUUCCACUUAAAGCUAAGAGAGAGUAAUAAUAGUAAUUGAACUAAUGCCUGAGACCUUAUAUUUCCUAAUAAUAUAUCAAAAUAUGUUGUAAAAGCUUGGCAGACUCCUGAGCAGGUGCAUCUCCCAACUAAUAUACAACACUAUCAAUGUCUUUUUCACAUAGUCAGCCCUGCAGUCGGUAGAAGAGCGUUGGGGUCAGUGCAUUGUCAGUUCAGGAUUCAUUAAACUUUCUUGGUUUACUGCAUUUUGAUUCAAUCUAGCUCCUGAACUGACUGAAAUGCAAAUGUUUACUGAGGUUCCUGAUCUGUUCUGACUGGACAGUCGGUGACUGAAUCAAGCCGAGGGCUUAACUCAAAAUAUCAUGCGAACUGAACGAAACAGGUUUUAAAGGAACAAUUGAAAACCCGUGCUAUGAGAUUAGUUUAAACAUUCAGAACAAUCUUAUGACUGACCUAUCAAUGCAUAUGACUUACUUUAGCGUCUGUGUUCUCCUGCACGGCUGCAUGGUCCUACGCGGCACCUUUAAGUUUUCUGUAGAGAAUAAAAGGUCCAGUGAGUAAAUCCACUCCCUUAGAUCAGCCUACAUUUAAACACACUAAAGAUCUAAUUGUAAGAAAAAACAGUUGAUUGAUCCCUUUAGUUGAUCCUGAUAUAAUGAAUGUAAAUAUCUUGUACUGAGUUAGAAGUAGAACAGAAGACUAGAGGGGACAAAAGUAGUACGGAUAAAUGACCAGAAUGGAUUUGAAUUUGAAUGGAGUAGAGAAGACAAACUUCUCAAAUUGACAUCUUGUUAUUCUGAGGUCACAAAACAUGAGCCAGUCUUGAUUUGACCUGGUGGAACUCAAUCGUAUGUAUUUGCAUUUGUAUCAGAUUUCCUCAUGGGCAGUGGUUUAAGUCAUGUUCUCUGUCGCCAUCUCUCAUCCAGCGUUCAGAAAGGUCCACUUGCAUCAUAAAAACAUUUCUCCCUUUGUUUGAGUCAGUAGAAACAUUCAGUCUUUGAAUGCAGAGUAAGUUAUUUCUGCACGGCCAUGAGCUUAAAAAACACAGUAAACUUCAUAAGGAGAUUGUACGUAUGCAAUGAAAGAUGCGAUUGAUGGGAAUGUUUUGGGGUUUUGCUGGAAAGUUCUGUCGCUGCAGUUUCCGUGGGAAUAAUUUGUAUUGAGUAAUUGCGCUUUGCUUUCUUCAAGCCUCAUUCAUACAAACUUUAUAUACACUAUACUCUCUAUGUCUGUGCUGUGAAUGUCCUUGCUGAAUACUUUUAAUUUCAUCCAAAUUAAUUUAUUAAUGUGAAUUAUGUUUUAUGUAAAUUAAUUGGUGUGAUUUACAGUCUCUUACUACUUGUCUGAGCUACUUGAUUGUUUUUGAUAAGGUUUACAGGAUAACUGUUUUUAAUGGCUCUUGCAUAUUUGAAUUUAAGGAACAAAUUCAGUGUGACAUGAUGACAUAAACAUUUUCUGCCUAAAAAAAUAAUACAAAGGAUGGAAUAACCGGACCGUUCUUACCAAAUAAAUACUUCUCGUGGGGA